AUUACCCCGAACCCACACCAGGGCAGCCUGCUCACCACCCCCGGUGUCCCUCUGCCACCCCCUACCGCCUCGGCACCCCCAGACUCCCACCGCCCUCCACACACACCAGCCUUCUUUUUUUAACUCUCCAGCACUCGGUUUUUCUCUAGAGGAGGCACAAAGAGAAGGCAGAGAUGGGACGAGCAGGGAACAUACUCCUGCCUCAUCGGAACCACCAGCUUUCAGGAGAGCGCGGCAGCUCCCCCCUGCCUGUGGACUGACCACUGAAAGGUUGACAUAAAUCCUGGGCCACGCAGAUGAUGAGGAAUGGAGGCUUCAGAACCCACCCACCCUACACCGUCCACCAGGGACCAGCCAGCCCCUGCACCUGGCCUUCCAGGAGGCCCAGGUGGGCAGGCCUCACCUCGCCUGACCCUGGGUCCUGUUAUCCUGCCACCGGAGCAGAGCCUGCCCCAGACUGUGUUCCUGAAGGCCUUGCCUGUCCCACUGUACCACACAGUCCCUCCCGGCGGCUUCCAGCCACGUGCUCCCCUCGUGACAGGCAGUCUGGAGGGGACCAGCGUACCCUUCAUCCUCAGCCCCUUGCUGCAGCCCGAAGGCCCGGGUCCCGGGCAGGUGGGCAAGCCAGCUACCCCGGCCCUGACUGUGAACAUCGUCAGCACACUGCCGGUACUCUCCCCAGGGGUGGGGUCCGCGCUGGUCAACACAGGCAGGUUGAAGAACGCUGGUAAGUACCUGUGCCCACACUGCGGCCGGGACUGCUUGAAGCCCAGCGUGCUAGAGAAACACAUCCGCUCCCACACAGGCGAGAGGCCCUUCCCGUGCUCCACCUGUGGCAUCGCCUUUAAGACCCAGAGCAACCUGUAUAAGCACAGGCGGACUCAGACUCAUCUCAACAAUUCCCGUUUGUCCUCCGAGUCUGAAGGGAGUGGGAGCAGCCUUCUGGAGGAGGGAGACAGGCCAGGAGACACUGCCUCAGUGGACAGCCGGGGAGAGUUAGGGGCUCCAGAGACAGCCCUUUCCCCAGGUGUUCAUCCCAGCCUUGCUGCUAAGAAUAGGGAACACCGGAAGGUGGAAUCGGCUCCCUCCCUCUUGGCCACGCUUCCCCACAGGGAGUCCUCUGUGGAUCAGACCCAGGUGGUGUCUCCUGAGUUCCCGCUAGCCAGCCCGCAGCCUCGGUGGAAGCGACAGCAGGAGACGUGCUCAGAGAAGCCUUGGGACUCCAAGGCCUUGGAAGGCCAGCUGAGGAAGUGUGAGAGCACGGACUCUGGCUACCUGUCGCGCUCAGAUAGCGUGGAGCAGCCUCCCGUGGCCUCCAGCCCUUUGCACAGUCUAUCGGAGCACAGCGUGGAGUCCGAGGGGGAAGGAGGACCUGGCUGUGGCUCUGCGGGCAGCAGAGCUGACCGGGGAGCCUCGGGGGCCAGCUUGGAGAUGGAGAAGAAGAAACUGGAGGAACGCAUUGCCCAGCUCAUCUCCCACAACCAGGCAGUGGUGGACGACCCGCAGCUGGACCACGUGCGGCCCCGCAAGACUGUGCUGUCCAAGCAGGGAAGCAUUGACCUGCCCAUGCCCUAUACCUACAAGGAUUCCUUCCACUUUGACAUCCGGGCGCUGGAGCCUGGCCGCAGGAGGAUGGCCCUCAGCCCGGCCUGCUCCACCUUCACACCCCUGGAGAAGGCCAGGCCCGUUUUCUUCCACUCCGUCCCCACACAGCUCUCCACCACUGUGGAAUGUGUUCCAGUCACCAGAAGCAACUCCCUGCCUUUCAUUGAGGGUUCUAAGCGGUGGCCAGAGCCACGGGACCCACAGGAUGCUGUUCCCAGGAUGCAGAAGGCCCUGAGCCCCAGGCUCACCGCAGGGCGGCUAGGAUGCCGCCCAGGACUGACCUUGGCAGGCAUCCCCAGUGGUCACCCUCGGGCCCUGGUGAGACAGGCUGCUGUGGAGGACCUGCCGUGUACCCCCACCGGAGACCCCUCGACUGUGGCUGAGGACCUAGAUGGAAAGAGAGCUCUGGUAAAGGAGGUGGUGGUCUGCAAGGGCAGGGCCAGUAAGAAGUGCAGCCAGAGGAAGCAAAAGAUGUUCUCCCAGGAGAAAUGGCAGGUGUAUGGGAAUGAGUCUUUCAAGAGAAUCUACCAGAAGAUGAAGACCAACCACCAGGGAGGACAGAAACACGGGGAGGUGAAACAGGGCCAGGGGACAGAACUGGACCUUUCUCCCCAGGAUGCGGAAAUAGAGGGUGCAGGCCUGUCACGAGACAACAGGAUCCCUACCCUUGAGGACACCACAGCAGGGGCUGAGCCAGGGUCUUGCGGAAGUCAACCAUCCCUGGAUGGUUCCCUGGAGGCUGAGCCUCCUAAGCAACUGAAGGCGGUGGCCAGAGCAAAAUCGUCCCCUACCCUGGGCAGCACAGAGGGCCUCUGCUUGACUUGCAGGAGCCCUCUGCCCUCUUCAGAUGGGAAGCUGGUCCCGGGAUGCCAGCUGCCUCCAGUGCCUGGGCUCUGUCAAGGAGGACACUUAGAAGCUCUUGAGACACCUUUGCCAGACCCCAGUGGCAAGGCCGUAAAAGAAAUCAGCCCUGGGGCCCAAACCAUCCUCAGACGAUCCACUGGUGGGUCUGUGGCUCCCCAGCUUGCCGAGGACAAGUUACCCUCAGAGAGGAAGAGAAUGAAGGUGGAGGGGCUGGGCCAUCAGGAGCAACCAGGGCCUCUGGAAGCUGAAACCUCGGGUAGCUCUGUGCAGGCUGACCCCCAGCCACCCCAGAAACAGGACAGUGACCCUGAGGAGGUGCUGGGCAGGUCAAAUGAGAGCAUCGUGCAAGGGACCACAGCCCCAGAGUUUUCUGAUGCUUCCUCAGCUGGUUCUACUGCUGCCCCAAGGUGGCCAGGACUAGAGGACAAGGAUUCCCCAUUUUCUUUGGUAUCCAGGACUCCUAGGCUCCACUCCUUGCUGCCUGCUCAGCCCUGGGAUCUCAGUGUCCCUGCUGCUCUGUCAGAUGGCUCCUUUGCUCCCAGGUACCUCCUCAGGUUACCACAGGAAGAGAACCCCUUACCACUUGUUGCUCCAGGGCCAGGGGAAGGCCGAGACUCCCUGUGUCUAAGCGCACAGCCUGUAGAACAGGCCCUUUUUGCUGGACCAGAACUGGGAAUGCCCCAGCCACAUGGAGCAUGCUCAGGCCCAGGUGAGGCAGGUGGCAACCCAGAAGACCCUAGCCAGUCCAGAUCAAGGGAUGGAAGAGAAGAGGCACAGACCGGAAGAGAGAAAAAAGAUAGGAUCAACGGCAGCAUCCCAGUGGCUGAGCACUCUCCUGACCCCAACAUGGGCACCAUCUGGGAGACAGCCUCCAUUCUGCCUCCUGACACAUGUGACACUCAUGUGUCCCAGGAUGUAGUGACUGAGACCCAGGCAAUUCAUUGCCUCUGUACAGACAGCCCACCAGCAAGAGCUAGGACAUAUGGGAGCCUUUCGAACCCUUGGAUAUCAUCCCAGAAGCUAGGGAUACUUUCUAAGAAUGCCCUAGAAAGUCCUCCUUCAGAGACCAAGGAAGGGCUGCCUGCCUGCUUUCCCUCCCAAACACCCUAUUUCCUCACGUCUUUCACACAGUCCCAGGGUAUUUCCUUGAACCAGCAUAAACUGGCCUCAUCGAACCUCUUAGGGACCCCCAGGAGCUGUGAGGCCCCAAGCCCCUUCCCCUCACUUAAGGCUGAGCCCCAGCUCACAUGGUGUUGCCUGAGCCGCAGCCUGCCCCUGCUGGCAGAGCAGCAGAGGCCUGCUCCCAGGCACUCAGCUCCAUGCUUGCCGGAUAGAAGCCUCCAGGAUAAGAGUGACAGAGCACUGCCCAAGAGCAGUGGAGGAGAGACCACAACAAGCCUCCGAGGAGGAGAAGGGCCUUCACAGGCCCCUGAGCUUCCUUAUCCAACAGUCCCAGGGACAAGGGCCCAAGACCAGGUGUCCAGUCCACAGUGGAAGAAAGGAUUGUGCCGUAGGAGGGUGAAGCCAUCUCAUGAGAACACCAAGCAGAAGAAACUGAUGCUUCAUUCUAAGAGGUGCGAAGGGAGUUUCUGGCAGAGAGCCAAACGACUGUGCAAGCCACCCUGGUUGCCGAGAAGAAGCUGUCUCCCCCACCGACUUGAAGAGUUAGAGCCACGAGGGACCCUCGAGAGGACUUCAAAAGUGGCAGGCCUAAAUCUUCAAGGAGAGACAUCUUGUGCCUGCACAGACUUGUCCAUUGGUCAUAGGGACAGUGAGAAGGAAGGUGACUGCAGACAGACUUCAGAACCCAUCUCUCCUGGCACAAGCUCAGAGACCAUCCUGGAAAUAGACAAGUCAUCUCUGAAGGGUAUUUCUCCAACUGCUGGUGAGCAUAAUGACUGUACUCAAGAGAAGAAACAUGGUACUGGGCCAGCACUAUCUCUGCAAUCUAAUACAUUCUUGGCAGUGUCUCAGGAAGAUCUUCUUCCCCGGGACAAGGGUCUUGAUGUUGGACCGCCAGGGACUCAGCUGCCGCCUUCCCAGGCUCAAGUCUCCAUCGCUCCCAGGGCAUGCGCGUCCUCAGAUGUUCCAGAGCCCCCUUCUUCCUUUAGACCCAAAGGAGCAUUUCCACAUCACGACACCGCUACCUCUGUGGCUGCCAUCUGUGCUUCUGUGGGGACAGAAACAGGACACAGAACCCUGGGGGUUCACAGCGCAGAGCCCUCUGAAGAGCAGUCUGUGGCACAAAGCUCCCCAGACAGAGGAGCCGCCAUGCCGGACAGCAUGCCGCAGGCGCGUCUUCCAGAGAGGCCUUCCUCUGGCCAAAGGUUACCCGGGAAAACUAGUGUAGAAAUGGCACCUUCAGGACCGAGUUCAAUCAGCUCACAACAGGAGGAAGCAAAGGCCCAGGGAGAGUUUUCUUCCUGGGGCCAAUAUGGAUGUGGGGAAGGGGCUGUCCACUGGGCUGCAUCAGGAAGUGAGGGUGGGCCUUGUCAAGCUGAAGGGUUAACCACGCCCAGGAGCGUCACAGCUCCUGCUGAUCAAGCACAGCCCUCAGAGGUCCCUGAAGCCCCUUUGAGAUCCAUCCGAAAGACGAGCUUGGAAGGAAUGCGAAAGCAGACUCGGGUGGAGCUCAGUGACACCAGCAGCGAUGAUGAAGACAGACUGGUCAUAGAGAUAUGAUAUGCUUCCAGAGAAAGAUGGUGGUUAUGGUCAAAGACCAAGUGUAAUGGGCACCUGACUCUAUUUAUAAAACAUCGAUAGACUGGGAAAGCCAUCUGAGAUUUCUUCAAGCCAACUCUAACCAUGCCCAGAUCCAGCCGAAGCUUUCUUUAGCUUCUCUCAGACAGAUCUCCUCACAUUGAUCUCGAAGAGUCAAGAUGGCCGGAAGUGCCAUGUCACGAGGCUCCAUGGACACAGCUCCGGCACGAGUGAUGUUGUAAUCCACUGCCUCAGCCAGUAAAAUGACACUAACCAGACGAGCCAUAUGCGACAUUGUUCCCGACCGGUGUGACCCGGCACCACCGCCAUCACGAAGUUAGGAGUGACAAGCAAAUUUGGGGCCAUCGGGGUAGUUUGAGAAAAAAGGAUGGGGUGUAAACUGGACACCAAGACCUGCCUACACACUUCAGAGACUAACCACAGAUGCAUUCGAAAACUGGUCAGGGCCAGCCAUCUUCUUAAUGGACACUGUAAAUACCCAUCACAACACCUAAGGCCCUUUUGUAUGUUGCACAAAUGGUCAGUAAUUGUUUCUGGUCCCAAAACACAAGCACGUAUAGCCCUUGUACCUGGUGCUUUUUCCGUGAGACCCUCUCCCCCCCCAAAAAAAAAGGCCUUGUGUUUUUUCUUUUCUUUUUUUUUUUUAGAUCUUGCAAAGGAACAUUGCAUUAAGUCAGUAAAAUAGUCACUGUAAUGACUCAUUUUUUUUUGGAAGGGAAAAUUCAUUUCCCCUCCUCUGAUUCUUUUUGUCAUACUGGGCUAUGAGCAAUUUCAAUUAGAGGGUUACAUUUUAGUAAUCUGUGCAGGUUGAAGUGACGCCUGUUCCUCAUGAUAGAGCCUUUCAAACUUCCUCCGGAAGCUUCCUUGACAUCAAACUAAUUGGAGUUUUGACGCUGUUUUCUAUCUCGCUAAUUUUAUUUUGGGGGCUUGGUGUUACUUUGCUGUCAAAUUAAAUCAACCUUUGUAUUGCGCAUCUCCGAACAGCACAGAUCAAACCCCCAGCACUCCUACCUGGCGUGCCGUGUCGCUGUGCAGGGGCCGGGUCUGCCUCAGCCAGCCUACUGCGCAGGCCUCAGGCUCUCAGCCUUCCUUUCCUUCCGCUUAAAUGGGAGAGGGAACUUUCCAGAAGUUUACACUGCUCACUCCUCUACGAUUUUUCUACUCGCCUUGGUAUGAUUUUGUACAAGUUGUGACUUCUGGCCCAGCUUCCGGCUUUACUCCAAGGUAAUGGCACUCACGUGACGUCUGUGCUCCCAGGCCUGGCAGCCGUGAGAAGAGCCUGCCUCAUACGUGCCAACAUGCUUUUUUUCCUAAAUCCUCACCUGUGAGGGAGUACGGUCCAAGUGUUUUCGUGUGACUUUUCCAGUUUUGCUGUUACCCACAGAGAGCCUCAGUGCAAAAGCAGCUUCCCAUUAUUAUUAUUAUUAUUAUUAUUAUUAUUAUUAUUAGUCCACGUCUGUGGCCACCACGCAGCUGUUCAGAUGUAUCUCACCUAUGGCACCCUAACCAACAGCAGCACGGAGGGGUUGAAAGAACUAGACGUUGCUUCAGUGUUUCCUAAACAACAUGGGAGUGGCGUGGUGAUCGGCUGCCCUGUGGGUGACCUGUGCGCGAGAAAGGCCUCAGGGGAGCCUAGCGAUGGCUGGCUCUGCGCGUGAGACGUCAACGAGAAAGGGACCCGGAUGGAGGAGCUGAGUGCCUCUGUGGGGCUGGAUCCUGGUGGGCGUGACCGAUAGAGGAACCACGAGCUCCUUGACCUGUGUGUCCACACAGCCUGGAAGCGUACCCCAGGGAAAAUGUUGCCCCGGACUUGUCAUGCUUGAGAUGCUGAAGAACAGUCUGGAAAGGCUGAUACGCAGAAUCUGUUCUGGUACCACCGCUAUGGGGUACGUGAGCCCACCCCGAACUCCUGACUUUGGAGUGCCACCACCCACCUUAUAAAUCAGAAUUUUUAAUUUUAAUUUGAUUUUAUUUUGUUUUUUUUUUUUUGUUUUUUGUUUUUUUGUUUUUGAGGCAGGGUUUCUCGGUAUAGGCCUGGCUGUCCCUAGACUCACUCUGUAGACCAGGCUGGCCUUGCACUCACAGAGAUCUGCCUGUCUCUUCCUCCCAAGUGCGUGCCACCACUCACUGCCAGACUAAGUCAGAGUUUCUCAAACAAAAAGCACAACACUGAGAGCAGAGAGCGAGUCUGUAGGUGGAACAGGCUCCUUUGUCUCAGGAGUUACAGGACAAUAGGGGCAGGACUGCUUCACAGGACAGUGGUUCUCAAUCUGUGGCUCGUGACCUCUUUGGGGGGGUCUAAUGACCCUUUAACAGGGGUCACCUAAGACCAUUGGAUUUACAUUAUGAUUCAUAACACUAUCAAAAUUAUAGAAACGAAGCAGCAACAAAAAUAAUUUCAUGGUUGGAGGUCAUCACACAUCUGAGAAACUGUACUAAAGGGUCACAGCAUUAGGAGGGCUGAGAACCACUGUCCUGGAUCUUUAUUUCCAGGUGACUGUUAAGACACAAGAGGCUCACCAGCCCCACGUCAUAAUCAUAGCUCCAAAAAGCACAGUGGGGGCUCUGCCUCUUCUGAGCCAGCAUGACUAGUUGCCACCCCCAAGCCUGGGUCCAACGCUGUGGGAUAUUGGUUCUAUCUCUUUAAACCCCUGUGUCUGUCACAAAGCCAGGCAGCUGGUCAGACCUGCUGCUUCACCUGGGCGCGCAGUGCCAGGCUCCCCAGGGGUCACUUACUUUAAAUCAACAUCAGUUUGUGAACUCUGUAUUUCAAUAGAUUUUUUUUUUCAACCAAAUGAUCAUUUAAAAUGGCCAUGGGACAAGCUAGCUACUGAAAGUAUCCUAAAGUAAGAUAUUUUUUUGGUUUGGUUUGGUUUGGUUUGGUUUUAAUGGGGAGUCCUUUCUAUAAUGCCACAAAUAGUCACUGAUUUUUAUAAAUCUAAUUUUAUUGAGGCAAAAUACAAUUAUAAGACAAUUAAAAGAAAACUUUUACCCAUAAAACCCAAAACUCAGUUUAGGUUAUUAAAAUAAAAUUCUAGCAUUACCAGUUGAUCAUUGGUACAAUUUGACAAUACUACAAGUGCUUAACAAAUGAUGGUUCAGGAAAAACAAAUCUAUUUUCAGUGCUGAGGACUUAACUAAGUGGUAGAAUCCUUGCUAGGUGUGUAUGAGGCCCUGGGUUCAAUUCCCAGAACCACAUAUAAAAAAGUAUUUUGCAACAAGGCCUACAUAUUGUUUACCAUGCUAUUAUUCAUAUGUACCUUCAGGUCUUAAGCAAUGGGUGCCUCAGCUUCCUUCAUGGAGAUGAGUAUCAGGGGUGCAGGCAUAGAAUGGGAGAAAGAGGGCUUUGGAUUCUUUGCAGUGCAAGCGCCACUGCUCAAGGUGUCUGACACUGACCACUGACUGUCCUUCACAAGAGCUGUGCCUGGCCACGUUUUGAGACACAUGGAGGAGCAAGGUCUCCCAUCUCUCCACUUGGUCAACUCUUUAAGCUUCCUGAGUUUUGGUGGCCACCCUGACCCUCCUUGUUGUAAGGUGCCAUAGGAGCUGCUCUCGCCUCCUUGCUAGGUCUAAGCUUGAAAUCUCAGAGGAUGUGGUUCUCGGAAGGCCCAAGAACCACAGCUCACAACCUGUGAUUUGUUUGCAGGGUGGUAGUGGUGGUGGGGAGGAGGGAUGGGGGGUGAGAUGUGGGGAAAAAAGAGAGACUGAGGGAAGGGAGGGAUGAGGAGAAGUAGGGAGGGGAUGGAGGGGGAGAAGGAGGAGAGAAAGAGUGAUUGUUCGGAUUAUAAUAAAGCACAGCCCACAACUCGGUGAGUAACUUAGAACUGACUGGAAGUUCCCUUUCCUAAAUGCUGCCUUCUAAAGCUGGCAUCUGAAGGAAGCUUAGCUUUGCAGCAGUGUGGUGUGACCACUGUCCUCAGCAUGAGAGAUAAACGGUUCUCAGCCUCAUGCCAGAAAGCACUUCCUUGCAUCUGCAUCCAUUACUUAGAAUGAUUGCAUUAUUCAUUUCUUCCCCGGCAUAGAAAUUUGCAUUUUGCACAGAAUUUACCUGGUGCAGCAGAUUUUUAUAGUUACGGGAAUGUGCGUCUGCUUGGCUCCCUAGAUGUCAUUUAAUAAGGCAGAGGGAGAAAAUGGCCCACCAGGCUCUGGGUGAUCAAAUUCCUACAACUACGACAAGACGGGCCUCUGUGUUUUUCUUUACUCCAGUUCAAGAAGCAUUGGCUUUUGAAGCACUACAUUUGUCCAUCUCUUUAAAAACUCAUUAAAUAUAGGUGUCAGGAUCUAGAAUAGUCUCGUGUGAGUGUGAGAUUUCGACAGUUGUGUGUGUCUUCUUCAUACUCUGCAUUCAUGUGUUAAUAUGCAUAAUUUGGUCUGAAGAAAUAUACGAACAUGUGAGCAUACUGCAUCACCAUGGGGAGAAAAGGAGCCAGGAAAAGUCAGUCCUGUCACUAGGAGCACUAGAGAGUGACCCGAGUGCUUCCAAGCACAGGCCGCUCUGUCGGGCUCACUGUUCUAGCCUUUCCUUGCUAGUGAUGAGGAAGUGCUUGGCUUCCUGGUUGGGGAAUGCCCCCCUUCUUUAUAUGGUUAAAUUAUUUUGUUUUGAUAAAAAUAAAACGUAAAAAUGAAAA